AUGGUGACAGAGGAGGAGGUUGAGGUCAUCGGCCGGACGCUGGUGGACGCGGCCCAGCCCCUGCCUGCCCGAUUCCGGGCCCUUUUCACGCUGCGCAACCUGGGCGGCCGUGCGGCCGUGGAUUGGAUCAGCCGAGCCUUCGGGGACGGCUCGGCGCUGCUCAAGCACGAGCUGGCCUACUGCCUUGGCCAGAUGCGGGACGAGGCAGCCAUCCCUGUGCUCAUCCGAGUGUUGGAGGACACCAGCCAGGAGCCCAUGGUCAGGCACGAGGCAGGUGAAGCCCUGGGUGCUAUUGGCAAUCCUGAUGUGCUGGAUAUCCUCAAACGCUAUUCAGGGGAUCCCGUGGUUGAGGUGGCAGAAACAUGUCAUCUGGCAGUGAGGAGGCUGGAGUGGCUUCAGGAAAACAAGCAGGAGCUGAGCACCAGCCCCUAUCUCUCCGUGGAUCCUGCUCCCCCUUCUGAGGAGACAGACGUUGCCAAACUCCGCCAAACCCUCCUAGAUGAGUCAUGCCCUCUCUUUGACCGCUACCGAGCCAUGUUUGCCCUGCGAAACCUGGGGGGCCAGGCUGCUGUGCUGGCUCUGGCAGAUGGGCUGCGCUGCGGUAGCGCCCUCUUCCGGCACGAGAUCGGCUACGUGCUGGGCCAGAUGCAGGAUGAGGCCUGCAUCCCGCAGCUGACGGCGGCGCUGCGCAGCCGCUCCGAGAGCACCAUGGUGCGGCACGAAUGCGCCGAGGCGCUGGGCGCCAUCGCCCGCCCGGCCUGCCUGGAGACCCUGCGCGCCUUCGCCAGCGAUGAGGAGCGGGUGGUGCGGGAGAGCUGCGAGGUGGCCCUGGACAUGUAUGAGUAUGAGAACAGUGCCCAGUUCCAGUACGCCGAUGUGCUCUGCAAGCUGCAGGCCACCGCCUGAGCUCUGCAAGUUGCAGGCUGCUGCCAGAGCCCUGUCACGGGGGGUACAGUUUGAGCACACUGCCUCCCACCCCAGCUCCCGUUCUGGUGGCCUCUGUCAAUGUGGAUACCUGUCUUUACUGCAGUGGAGGUGGAUUUGCUCUCUGGAACAA